AUGAGUGAUGCCAUGCAGGAACAGAACGACCUCAAGUUCGUUGAAAUGCUUUCGCCUGAUUCAAAGCAAGCUUGGCUUAAGCAGAAAUUGAAGGUAAAGAUGCUUGAGAUGAAGUCACGGGAAGCAGCACUCUCUACCAGCCAGUCCAGGCAACCGGAAGCAGCACCAGCAGCUGCGAGUGCAUCGCCAAAAAGGAAAAAUGACGAUGCUUCUGUUGUGGAGCUCUCUGACGAUGGCACUGCACUGAAAGGAACCGGUACCGCUGAUGACGAUCAUGAUGAGGAUGACGAUGGUCCUGAAGACAACUAUGGCAGCCCUGACGAUAGCCCUGGUGACAGUCGCCCAAGGAUGGGGUACUUUGGGAAGAAACGCAAGGACCUCAACAACAACGACUACUGCACGCAGGAUUCUGAUGAUGACGCCGAGGUUGUUUAUCAGCAGGUUGCUCGUCGUGAGCAGCCAAAGAAGAGAGAUGCAAAGAGGAAGAAGUAUGUGGAUGCGUUCGGGCACCAGCUCAACACAAACUACAACUCUGUGUCUGAGAGAGGCCACAUCACAAACUACAAUGCUCAUUGCAAGUACAUGCAGGAGGAAGGUGACAGCAGGGUUGAUAGCAUUUAA